AUGGCCGGAAGAAUUCGAUUGGGUUCGAGGUUGUUGGCUAGUGAGAAUAACGAAGCAUGGGUUUCUGAUAAUGGAACAUUUGCAUUUGGCUUCAGCCCAAUUGAUGCAAAAUCUGAUCAAUUUCAAUUGGGAAUAUGGUUUGCUCAACUUCCCGGAGAUCGAACCCUUGUCUGGUCGGCCGAGAUAAAUUCUCCAGUCAGCAAAAAUGCAAUCUUGGAGUUUGAAACAAGCGGAAAUCUUGUGCUUGUUGAUAGAGACACCACUGUCUGGACAUCAAAUACCUCAAACUCGGGCAUAGAAACAGCAAUCAUGUCGGAAAACGGCAACUUUAUUCUAUAUGGCACUGAUCAACACGUUGCAUGGGAAAGUUUUUCGCAUCCAUCAGAUACUCUCUUACCAGGACAGCCUUUGACAGUUUUACUGGAGCUCAAAUCUUCGAAAUCGCCUUCACAUGGUGGUUACUACAAACUGAAAAUGUUACAGCAGCGCACUUCACUAAGUCUUGCACUGACCUACAAUUUGCCAGAGUCCUAUGACACAUCGCCUGAUUCUUAUACGAACUUAUCCUACUGGUCGGCACCUGAGAUAUCAAACUUUACUGGGGAUGUUGUAGCAGUUGUGGAUGAAGAAGGAAGUUUUGGAAUUAUUUAUGGCUCGUCAUUGGAUGGAGCGGUGUACGUGUACAAGAAUGAUAAUGAUAACGGAGGAUUAUCCUCGGCAACAAAUCAAUCAGGAAAGCCAUCAGUUCUUCGAAGGUUAACCCUCGAGACUAAUGGAAAUUUACGUUUGUAUAGAUGGGACAAUGAUGUUAAUGGAUCGCGCCAGUGGGUUCCUGAGUGGGCAGCUGUUUCUAAACCGUGUGAUAUCGCUGGUAUUUGUGGAAACGGGAUAUGCAAUCUUGAUCGAAGCAAGACCAAUGCAUCUUGCAUGUGCUUGCCGGGAACUUCAAAGCGCAGCAAUGAUGACGAAUGCUCGGGAAAUUCAUCUCUGACUGGGAAAUGGUGUCCACAUCAUGAAAAUUUAACAUCCCAGUUCAAGAUCGAAGCAAUUCAACAAACCAAUUAUUACUUUGUAGAAUCAUCGGUAAUUGCGAAUUAUAGCGAUACAGAGACUGUCUCUAAAUGCGGUGAUGCCUGCUUAUCGGACUGCGAAUGUAUUGCUUCAAUCUAUGGCCUUAAUGAGGAAAAGGCAUAUUGUUGGCUUUUGAGGAGUUUAGAGUAUGGUGGGUAUGAGGAUGCAGGCUCGACUUUAUUUGUGAAGGUAGAAUCAAAUGGCUCUACGAAUAUGGAGGAUGAUACGAGAUCAGUGAUCGAACGAAAAAAAGUUUUGGUGGUUCCUAUUGUUUUAAGCACGUUAUUUCUGAUAUGCCUCUUGUGCUGCUUAUUAUAUAUCUAUGUUCACAAAAAGAGAUCCUUGAAAAGAGCCCUCGAGAAUUCCUUAAUUAUAUCAGGAGCUCCAAUUAGUUUCAGCUACCGGGAUUUACAGUAUAGGACUAGUAACUUUUCCCACCUGUUAGGAACAGGUGGAUUUGGCAGUGUAUACAAGGGAAGUCUAGGUGAUGAAACCUUAAUUGCAGUAAAGAAACUUGACAGGAUUUUGCCCCACGGGGAGAAGGAAUUUAUUACUGAGGUGAACACAAUUGGCUCAAUGCAUCAUCUGAACUUGGUCCGGCUAUGUGGAUACUGUUCAGAGGGCUCACAAAGGCUCCUCGUUUAUGAGUUCAUGAAGAACGGGUCAUUGGACAAGUGGAUAUUUCCUUCACAUAAUUCUCGAGAAAGACUACUGGAUUGCUAUGGGAUGCUUCUUCUUGAGAUAAUUGGUGGCCGGAGAAAUCUAGAUAUGACAUUUGAUGCAGAGAGCUUCUUUUAUCCUGGAUGGGCGUUCAAGGAGUUGGAAAAUGGAGCACCAACAAAAGUUGCAGAUAGGCGACUCAAAGGAGCAGUCGACGAAGAAGAACUCAUAAGAGCUUUAAAAACUGCUUUUUGGUGCAUUCAAGAUGAAAUUUCCAUGAGGCCAACAAUGGGAGAAGUCGUGAAGAUGUUAGAAGGAUCGUUCGACAUUAAUAUGCCAUCGAUGCCACAGACAGUUCUCGAGUUAAUUGAAGAAGGCCUAGACCAUGUCUACAAAGCCAUGAAGAGAGAUUUCAAUCAAUUCAGCUCCUUCACCAUCACUACUCAUCCAUCAUCUCAUGCAACAUGUAGUUAUUCAACAAUGUCACCAAGAUAA